CAGAGACGGCGGAGGAUUAGUUGAGACAGGACGGACAGAGACAUGGACGGUGUUCAGCCACAUUUAACUGUGAGGACGUCCUUCAUCUUGUUACUUCUGAGCCUGCUCCAAAUGUCCAGUGGGAACAUCUGUUCUGGCCCUCAAUCUGUGCAGUUUAAUGAAAACAACAAAGUGGAUGAUCUUGUGGCAAAUAUUACUGUGCAACAAGGAGUGACCCUGGAGUUCACACCUCCCCCUAACAACGCAUUCAAGCUCAGAGAUAACCAGCUGUUAGCUGCAAUAGUGUUUGACCAUGAGAGUGAGAAAAGCCAAGUAGCCAGGAUCACCUGCACUGAGACAGCUUCAGGCUUUACGUUUAAAAUCAGCAUUGUGGUAUUAGUGGAUAAUGUGAAUGAUAAUGCUCCAGUCUUUGCUCAAAGCCUCUACGAAGUCAAUGUCGAUGAGAUGUCUCCUGUAGGAACAACAGUUGGAAAGUAUGCUGCCACAGACCCAGACAAACCCAACCAGCUCUUCUACUCUCUGACAUCUGAAUCUCAGAACAGCUUUAAACUGAAGUCAUCCACCGACCCAGACCUCAUCAUCAGUUCACCUCUCGACUACGAUAGGGUCAAAAAUUUUAAAAUGGUGUUGUACGCUCAGGACACACCAUUGACAGCAUCAGAUAACAGGACCUCAUUCACUGCCACCACCACCAUCAUGGUCACCAUCAUAGAUGCGGACAACAGGCCGCCGUGGUUCCAGCCUUGCACCAAGCACAUGAUAGGAGCGACUUUGAUCUGCCAGAGUGCUGGAUAUACUGGCAGUGUUGUCAUAAAUGAACAAGAGAAUGGAGCAUUACAGCUGAAACCAGGCCCACUCUAUGCCACUGAUGGAGACACCGGGAUAAAUGAGGAGAUAACAUAUUCAUUUCUAAGUGGAAACGACGAGCAACUGUUUGAGAUCAAUGCAAACACAGGGAACAUCACCAUGUUGAAGCCGGCCAGAGCUGUGGAUACAAUCAAUCUGAGCGUGCUGGCCGCCCAGAGGAGGAACAGUCAUCAAUUUGCAUCCACCGCUGUCACUAUCAGUGUUCAGGUGAAGAGCCUUCACCCUCCACAGUUUCAGAAGCCUCUGUACGAGGGGGUCAUCAGUUCAAUCGGCUCCAUGGCCAUGGACGGGGAUAAGCCGCUGUACAUCCACGCUACAGAUGCAGACUACAAUGAGGUUCAAAAUCCUUUCAUUGUGUACACCAUUAAUGGGAGCAGUGAUUUCUCCAUCAUUAACGGCUAUUUAUUCAUGACUAAGGAUCUCCCAGCCACCACAUUAUCCCUAAACGUGGUGGCAACAGACGAGUCAAACGAUCAAUCAGAUACAGCUCAGCUCAUUGUGCAGGUGAAAUCAGGUCUCACCACCACCAGUUUCCCUAUGAGCACCACAAACAUUAUGACCACAACGCCCAUAAGUGAAUCCACCACCUACAGCAAGACCACUGAGGAUAUUGUGUCCACCACCAGCCCAAAUGUACCCACUGACAGCAGCAUCUCAACCACCAUCCCCAGCACCAGUGCAAGCAUACUCUCUACCACUACUACUACUACUACUAGUAUGUCCACUGCCACUGAAGGCAGCAUUUCAACAUCUAAAGCCAGUAUGACCACUGAAGGAAGCAUCUCCACAGCCAACACAGCUCAUCCUCCCACAGGUGCUUACAGUAGCUACUCCUUUAAAUCAAAUAUUGUCCUUUUGGAGCAAAUUGUACCUAGCAACAUCACUUGGUCUGUAACUGUUUUCUCUUUGAUUGUAUUGUCCUUCCAAAAGCUGGGUCAAAGUUCAGGUGAUCUUAAGAAGGGUGUCCAAUACACCAAUGAGGCCUUCCAGAAAGAUGAAGAUGGAGGAAGCACAGGCUCCGGUGGCCCAGACGGGGGAAUGAGCACAGAGGCCAUUGUUAAGUCUUCACUGCCACUGCACGCCCUCCUGCCAGAUGAUACUAAUGAUGAGAAGGAGGUGAAACCCAUCUUGACCAAGGAGAGGCGCAUUGAAGAGGGAUACAAGGCAGUUUGGUUUAAGGAGGAUAUCGACCCCAAUGCCAAGGAGGAGGUGGUGAUUAUCCCAGACAGAAGAGAGGAUGACAGUGAUGAGGAGGACGAACCUGGCGACAAAACCCCAAAAGUCAAUGUCGAUGACGCAGAUCUGGACAGUGGACUUGGGGUGAAGAUGGGGGAUCCGCCAGAGGACUCAGAUGGUGAUGCAAUGACCUCUGAUCUGUGAGUGGAAACGAAUGACAGGGACGUAGCAGGAACCACCUAUAAUCAAAUGAUUCAUCAGCUGCUAACAUCCUUAUUGCUCAUGACAGAGGAAAUAGAAAUAGAAUGUGGACUGAACACACCUUAUGUGCAGCAAUAAAGAAGCUAAGUCAUUUCUCAGAGUUCUCAAUUUAUGUAUUAAUUCAAUUGAGUAAAUUGAACAUUAUACCGCAUUCAUUUUUUGUGUAAAUACUUAGUUAACUGAUCUAAUGUAACGUAACCCCAUAAAGAUGCUAUAUAAAUGUACUUGAGGAGUUUGAGGCGGUUGAAAUCAAUGUUUAAAAGAGCUACUUGUUUACAUGGUGGGAAGCUGUAAAAGGAGAUAUCUGGGAUUCGGGCUGUGUAGGCAGUUUAGUGCUGAUAGAUGAAAACAUCGUAUGAGGAACUAAAACUUCUCAGAUCCAAACAGCAGGUGGAAACAGAGACAAAUCGUCUGCUUGUAUGUCUAGAACAAUCAAACAAUUUCUGCUGAUAAUGAAGACUAUAAAAUAUUAUGACCAAAAUGAACAGAACUUCAAGGACAUAGUCCACAGUAGUUAUCACAAAUGUUUGUCAGAGGUUUCACUCAAAUACACAUGUUGAACUUAUAGAACACUAAACUAAUGUAAAUAAGUGUUUAUGUUUGGCCGGAAACAUUGUAUAGUAAUAAUAAAAACAAUGAAU